AUAAGAGCAGGAUCAGUGGGAAAAAUAUCGCAUUGUGAGUAUACUUAUUGGGACGGCUCGGAUGCUCCUGGAGAAGAGGUGAUGGGUGACGAUAGUUGGGAUGACAAGGGACGCACCAAGAUCUCUCACAUAUACGUCACUUUCGACGAAGUCAUUAUGUCUAUUCAGUUUGGUUUUUUGGAGAAUGGAGCUCUAGUCCUGUCUGAAAAGUAUGGUGCCUUCGAGGAAGGAUCCAACUUUCGUGUUUUGAGACUGAAUCAAGACGAAUAUGUAACUGGAUUGAGUGGAGUACUAGAAAAGGAUGGCGGAGGAAUCAGAAAUUUGACACUUCGCACUAACCUUGGGGAGUAUAUGAUUGGACGUUCAAGCGACAAUUAUCCAAGUGAUUCCACAAUAGAUAUUGAUCCGGCAAUAUGUGAUCGACGUGAGUUUGGUGGUUUCUUUGGGUCUUACAAUAGAUACCGUCUGACAUCGAUUGGUAUGGAGAUGUUCAAAGUCGGACCAAUUGGGUCAAAACGUGAUUAUCAUAAGAAUUUGGAGUGGGACGAGAAGGGACGCAACAUGAUCUCUAGUAUAUAUGUUGCUUUCGACAGAGAUGCCAUAAACCACAUUCAGUUUAGCUAUCGUCAGAACGGAGGUCAUGUCGUGUCUGAAAAGUAUGGUGCGUCUGAUGCCAUUAAAAGAAAGUAUGGUACGUGCAAAGGUCAAUCCCACGUAAUGGUGAGACUAAAUGACGACGAGUUUGUGACCGGCUUGAGUGCAAUAGAUUGUAAUGGGGUCACCACUUUGAAUAUUCACACUAAUCAGGGGAAACACGGACCGAUUUGUGAUAGAUUUCAAUCAGUAAUGAAUAUGGAUAAUUAUAAGAGGGAAAUUGAUGUGAAGAUACGUGAUCGUCGUGAGUUUGGUGGUUUCUUUGGGUCUUUUGAUGACUUUGGCAAUCUGACUUCCAUUGGCAUUUAUGUGCGUCCCAUUACAAGGAUCAAUGACGCAGCCCUCAGAACCAACUACAAAGUUACCGAAGUCACCGAUGACGAAGAUGACCAGAGCACUCUCUACCAAUCAUAUGGUCCUUUAACUACAAUCAACCAUAAUCGGACGCUUGACUAUCAUAUGCCUCAUGAGGUCUCCGAUGGUUAUCAUGUCAAUCCUAUCGUUCAGAAGCCCAAGUUCGAAGACAAGAUCAGUCUCUACCAAUCAUCGGAUCUUCUAGCCAGAAGCACUAACAAUCGGACACUUGAGUAUGAAAGCCCGGAGUUCCUCGAUGCUUUUCAUCAUGUCAAGCCCAUUGGUCGUAAGCCUAAACUCAAAGAUGGGAUAUUCUCCAAGUUGAGGGGCCUUUUCAGAAAUCUCUUGAACUAAUUAGUUUUUUGUGGUUUGCAUUCGUGCAAGAUCUCCAUUGGUAUGUUUUUGAGUCCCACCCACCAAGCAACUUGGCAGUGUUCAACAGUAGCCUAGUUCAAGUUGCUGUUGAUUUUUUAUCUUAAAUAAAGUAGCUUUAGUUUC